AUGUUGAUUUGCGAUGUCACAGAUGAAGAGGUCAUGCAGGUGGUAUUCUCAAUGCCUAGCGAUAAAUCGCCUGGUCCUGAUGGGUUCACCAUCGAUUUUUUUAAGGGAGCAUGGUCAGUUAUUGGACGAGAUGUUAUAGUACCAGUUCAUCUUUUUCAGAUUGGGGUUCCUCCCGAAAGGUGUGAAUUCAACGAUUUUGGCCCUUAUACCCCAAACAAAGAUGCGAAAACGAUGAAAGAUUAUCGACCUAUCUCCUGCUGCAAUGUCUUAUAUAAGAUCGUUUCAAAGAUACGGGCGAAUCAAUUAAAACGUAUUCUUCCGGCUAUCAUCGCUUCAAAUCAAUAUGCUUUUAUCAGAGAUAGGCUUCUAGUUGAGAAUGUCCUGCUUGCUUCAGAGCUUGUCGAUGAUUACCAUAUGGAUCUGCAACCACCUCGCUCAGCUAUUAUGAUAGAUAUUGCGAAAGCUUUCGACACAGUGCAAUGGGGGUUUCUUUUGAAUGUCCUAACCGCUCUAGGAAUGCCAGCGAAAUUUGUCUUUGAUGACUUUGCAGCUGCUUCUGGUUUAAAGAUCAGUCUUGAGAAAUCGACGAUCUUUAUGGCAGGGGUUUCGGAGGAGAACCGCAAUAUGAUUGCAGAGCGGUUCACGUCUCCAAUAGGGGAGCUACCGCUGCUUUUUCGAUUACCGCAAAGUUUCGUGCGAGAGGUUGAGGGACUGUGCAAUUCGUUUCUAUGGUCCGGACCAAGUUUAAAUGUAAGGAAAGUGAAAGUCGCUUGGAUAGAUGUCUGUAAGCCAAAAUCGGAAGGUGGGUUGGGGAUUCGAUCUGUACAAGAGGCUAAUAAGUGGGUACGACACUAUCUGUUCCGCGGCAACUCUUUCUGGGCUUUAAAGCCCUCUCAGCUUCAUGGCUCAUGGAUAUGGAGACGUCUCUUGAAGCUUCGAGAUGUCGCAAAGACGAUGCACUGUGUGAAAGUACAGGAUGGCGAAGAAAUCUCUUUCUGGCAUGAUCAUUGGAGUGGGUUGGGAUGCCUAAUAGAUCUAACAGGUUCGAUGGGAUUAAUUGCAUAUGGUGUAUUUGCCUAUGCCACAUUAGCAUCUGUCUGGCGAAGCCACCGAAGGAAACAUCACCGGAAUGAUACUCUGAACUUAAUUGAAGAUGAAGUCUGGAAAGUUGCUUCUCAACGUACUAGUGGUUCAGAUCAAGCGUUAUGGAGAGGAAAAAAUAACAAGUAUUGGAAAAAGUUUUCGUCGAAGCAAACUUGGGAUAUCAUUAGGCAUCACGCCCCUCAGAGAGGUUGGAGUCCUGUAGGUCUGGUUUCGCCACGCUACGCCGAAGUGUGCCUUCAUCACAUGGCUUGCUAUGCGUGA